AUGGAUUAUAAUCUUUAAAAAGGAGGAUAUGGAAUACCAAUUAGUGGUAAUAUCCUGUCAGGUUAUAAACAUUAUUACAAAGCUACAAAUCACAUAAAAAUGCCCUAUGUCGAAGAAACUUAUUAAUUUAAGAAAGAAGACAAAGAAGAACAUGUUGAUUUCACAAAAAAGGAGAAAUCUGGUAUGAAGAUAUUUGAUGAUAAUACUUUAGAAUUUGAAUCCAAAAACUCAAUAUGCAAGAUUUACAAAAAUUACAUUUAUAAUAAAGUAAUAUUACUGUAUAAGGGAUGUCCAUAAUUUGUUCCUCAAAAAAUGGUUGUAAUAUUACUGAAUUGGAUUUAUCCAAAAAUUCUUUUAAUGUAACAGGCAUAUUCCUCAGAUUGAUAGGAGAGUCAUAAUUUUUAGUUAAACUUGAAACUUUAUUCCUUGAUGACAGUGCUGUUUCUGAUAAUGGAAUUAUGUUCAUUACAUAACUUUUUAUGAAAACUUUAGAUUAAUAUACUUUAUAUGCUACUCAAAGUUUAAGAAGAACUAAAAAACAUUUAGAAUCUCCUAGAGGAAUGACAGGUUAAAAUUUUAAUAGUAAUGCUGCUAUGACUCAUACAAGUGAUUCAUAAACUCAGUUCUCAGAUUCAAAUAAGUUUAGAAAUUUUGUAAAUCAUCUCAACAAGUUAUCUCUUUAAGGAUUAAAUAUAACAGAUAGAGGACUAUAAUGUAUAUCUUUUAGUUAGAAUGUUCGUCUUAGAUAUUUGAAUUUGUCAUUUACUGGGGUCACUGAUAAAGGAUAGAUUGAAUACUUUAAUUCUUCUAAUAGUGCAUUUUUAGAAUACUUAGAUUUAUCUCAUUAGCCACUUACAGAUAAAAGCAUUAAAGCCUUUGCUUAUUCAGAAUUUUGCAAAUCCUUGAUGGUUUUUAUAAUUAAUAGUUGUCCAUUGACUAAUGAAAGUAUGACUCAUCUUUGUAAUUCUCCUAACACUAUUAAUAUGGUGGAAUUGAAUAUUGGAACUUUUAUUAAAUCAUAUAUGACUGGGGAAGCCAUUAGAAUUUUAAGUGAAGCAAAAUAUAUGAGUUCAUUAAAGAAUUUAAAUUUAGAUGGACAAACCUUUUCAGAGAGUAAUUUUGAUAUUUAAUGUUAAAGUAACACUUUUAAAGUUCAUAAAGAGUCCUAUUAUGAUUAACAUAGAAAAGUUGUCAAUAGCAAAGAAUGAAGACAUUACAGAUAGUUUUUGUGGAGCAAUAUAUGAAUUUUAUUAGGCAGAACAAUAUAAAUCUUUAAAGUAUCUUAAUUUAAUGAAAACUAAUAUUACUGGGAGAGGAGUAGUAUAAUUAUAAGAUUUAUUUAAAUUGGUUUCAUUCAAUUGA